UCACAGCAACAGCUCCACCAUGAAAGUUUUGGUUCUAUUGGCUGCUCUGGCAGGCAUUGCCGCCGCUGUUGACUACUGUGCUCUGCCCACAUGCCUGGACAAGCACAUUGCCUGCAAUAAUAAGGGAAAUUUUAGCGAACUUUGCCCCAAGGAUGUGCGUCCCGUGAAGAUCGAUGCCCAUCAGAAAUUGAUUCUUUCGCUGUUCAAUGAGCUGCGCAACAAAGUCGCCGGCGGCGGUAUCGAGAAUCUGCCCAAGGCGGCACGUAUGGCAAAGAUGUCCUGGUGCGAGGAGCUCACCCAUUUGGCGCUGUUCAAUGUGAAGACCUGCCAGUCGCUAAAGGACAAGUGCCGUAGUACCGAACGCUUUGCCUACGCCGGCCAAAACAAUGCCAUUUUCAGCUACAGCGGUGCCGAAUCGGAGUACACCGAUGCUGAGAUCAUUAAGGAGCAAAUUGAGAAUUGGUUUGCCGAACGCUCCAAUGCAUCUCCUGAAAUUCUGGGCAGUUUCCCCGAGGAGCUGCCCAACAAGGGCGUUGCCAAAUUCACCAUCGCCGUCGCUGAGAAGAACACCCAUGUGGGCUGUGCCGCGGUGCGCUUCUCCCGCGACUAUUACAACCACUUCGUCCUGACCUGCAACUUUGCCACAACAAAUGUGAUCGGCCAGCCUGUGUAUACACCCGGCGAACGUGCCACCUCCGGUUGCAAGAAUCGCUACGGCGCCGCCUUUGACUACCCUAAUCUGUGCUAUGCCAAGGAAAUCUACGACAAUGAGAAAAUUGUCCCCGACAUCAGGGUGUUCCAAAGUGCUCACACACAACAAGCGCAGCAGCGAAUACGAGACGACACCACAGCAAUGACGGGCAUCAUAUCUAUAUUAACAAGGCAAUUGCCGCGCAAUGUGCAAACUAUUAGCCUAAAGGCUAUGCGGAAUCAUGAACUUCAGCUGAGUGCCCGUCAGUAUUCCCAGCUAGCUGUUGUUGCGGCAGUUCAGCAGCAGCAACAACUGUUGCGCCGAGAGUCGAUUCCUACUCUGCGCUGCCAAGAUGCGAUGCGGGCCUUGGGCUGGCAGAGCUUUCACACCACCACCAGCAUGUGGUCGGAGCAGGUGGUGAAGGUACCGCCGUUCGCUGAUUCCAUCACCGAAGGUGACAUUAAAUUUUCCUGCAAAGUGGGCGACUCUUUUGGAGCCGAUGAGGCUGUCAUGGAGAUUGAAACCGAUAAGACGACCAUGCCAGUACCGGCGCCCUUUGCGGGCAGUGUGACGGAAAUUCUAGUCAAGGAUGGUGACACGGUUAAGCCUGGCCAAGAGCUUUUCAAAAUGAAGCCUGGUGCAGCACCAGCUAAGGCAGCUGGUGCUCCUGCCCCAGCUGCAGCGAAGGCUGCACCAGCUCCAGCAGCAGCAGCACCACCUAAGCCAGCUGCAGCACCCGCUGCGGCACCAGCUGCACCGAAAUCAGCACCACCUCCGCCACCACCACCAGCUGCACGCCCGCCACCGGCAGCCCCUCGUGCUGCUGCACCGCCGCUAGCUGCUGUGAAGCCCGCCGUGGCCCAGGUGAAAGUGCCUCCCGCUGAUGGUUCGCGUCAAAUUUUAGGCACACGCUCCGAGCAGCGCGUUAAGAUGAACCGUAUGCGGCAAAAGAUUGCGGCUCGCUUGAAGGAUGCACAGAACACGUGUGCCAUGUUGACCACCUUCAAUGAGAUCGACAUGAGUUACGCGAUGGACUUCCGCAAGGCGAACCUGGAUGCAUUCACCAAGAAGUACGGAAUCAAACUUGGAUUUAUGUCCAUAUUCUCGAAAGCCAGCGCCUAUGCGCUGCAGGACCAACCCGUAGUCAACGCUGUCAUCGAUGGACAGGACAUUGUGUAUCGCGACUAUGUGGAUAUCUCAGUGGCUGUGGCCACACCCCGUGGCCUGGUUGUGCCUGUGAUCCGGAAUGUGGAGAGUAUGAACUAUGCGGACAUUGAAAUAGCUUUAGCCGGGCUAGCCGACAAGGCGAAACGCGAUGCCAUCACUGUGGAGGACAUGGACGGUGGCACUUUCACCAUCAGCAACGGUGGCGUCUUUGGAUCACUAAUGGGCACGCCUAUUAUAAAUCCGCCUCAGAGUGCUAUACUCGGAAUGCAUGGUAUCUUUGAGCGCCCCAUUGCCGUCAAGGGCGAGGUCAAGAUAAGGCCCAUGAUGUAUGUGGCCCUCACCUACGAUCACCGAAUCAUCGAUGGACGUGAGGCGGUUCUGUUCCUGCGUAAGGUGAAGGCUGCUGUCGAGAAUCCAGCCAUCAUUGUUGCCGGUCUGUAAGGACAGUUGAAGUCUGUUAGCGCUGCGUCCACGUUGUUCUAAUGAUAUUAUCGAAUCGGAUAUUUAAAACUGAAGCACAGCCAAAUUCAUUGUAUAAAGCGGAACUUUUCGUUUAUGUAUUUAUUAUAAAAUUACGAGUGUGUCACAAAUCGACUUAAAUUUUGGGUUUAACUAGCGCAAAGUACAUACAAACACAAGAAAUAAUAAAAUUUAAUAACGACGUGGAACUGUUUUCAAAACA